AUGACAUCUCGUACCAACACUCGCAGCCUAACGCAGACCACCAUACUCCCCUCCACAACGGUUCAAUCAUCAUCCAAACCCUCCUCCAUCCCCCUCCCAAAACCUCUCCAAAACUCACCCCUCGGCACACCCUUCGAGCGCUCCGUCUGGCGCCUAACAGCCCAAAUCCCCCCCGGAUCCUUCAGUACCUAUGGUAUUCUAGCCGCCGCACUCAAAUCCUCUCCUCGGGCGGUAGGCAACGCGCUAAAGAGAAAUCCAUUCGCUCCGGAAAUUCCAUGUCACCGCGUCCUAGCAACGGGUAACAUGUUAGGCGGAUUCAAAGGCAAGAUUGGUCACCGUGAUGGGGACGCAUGCGCUUCUUUGCAAGAGAAGCGGGCUCUUCUGCAGAAAGAAGGAGUCCGUUUUGAUGCUCUUACUGGGAGAGCAUUAGGGACUCCGUUCAGUGGGAACAUCUAG